UGCGCCCUCCCGCUGCCGCCGCUUGUUUGCUUUGCCACUCUUUCCUGCGUGCUCUCCCUCUCACCUGCUGCUGCCAAUAUCUCAAUGCCCACCAACCUGAAGAUUCACCGCACCAUCUCCCACUGGUACUAGUAGUAUCCACCCCGUCUUCGUGUAGCUGUGCCCGUGCGGGAUUGUUUCGGAGCCACCGGAGCCGGGGACUUCUCGAGAUAAGCUGAUGUCGCCUGGGACUCGGGCAUCGUAAAACAGAGUUCUAGUGCCCCUGACCAACCAGCAAGUCCCCUUCUCAAGUUGGUUUUUUCGCUCUGCCCUGCCAUGGGUAAGCCUAGAGGGAAGGCCAAGAAAUCCGCUGAGGAUGCGAGGGACGACGACGACGGCAGUGGCAGCGAAGAGGCCGCUCCGACCGACCACAAGAGGAGCGGCAGUCCUCUGAAGCCUCUCGGGGACGACGGAGCCGGCGAAGAAGUGGAGGACAUCGCCAAGGUCGCGGAGGCCGCAGACAGCGUGAAACCGGUCGUGCCAACCAAGGGUGCCGACGGCACGGUUGGCGGUAAAGUUCCUGACGGAGCGAUGAAGAGGCCGCGGCGGCGCCAGCGGCGUCUGCAGGUGAAGCGAAGCUCCGAGUCGGUUGAGGACGUCGGCGACAAAGACGGUGACGACGUGAGGACGAAAUCGAACGGGUUCCGGCGAAACGGAAGCCGCCGGAAGAACUCUACUCCCCGGCGGGCAGCCGAGGCGGGAGUAAGUGUCAGUGUGUGAUCGGUGGGUUUAGCAAAUGGGCAUUGAUAGGAUGUGCUACUGAUGCUGGUCUUUUAUUUUAUGUUACUAGCACUACUCUACUAGCAGUACUUUGUUGCAUGGAUCGUCAAACGUACGUCUAGAAUCUACUCCUAGAUGCUUCGUGUCUGUGAGCAUGAGCAUGUUUUUUAGAGAUUAUGAUGAGCAUAUGCCAUCAUGCCUAGUUGUAUGUUCUUCCACUCGUUUUGGAUAACAAGGUGGCUGUGGCCUUAGGUGACUUAACUGCACUGGC